AUGUCCACCACCGCUAUACGACCAAUCACCGCACCGCUUGUGGCGCCUUCACCGAGCCGCGCAAACCCUUUUGCUAGGCCGGCUCUACCCAGAGCAGCGGUAUCCUUCUCACGGACAUGCCUCUUACCGACCCUGCCUAGCCCGGCUAAGGCUGCUGGCGAUGCCACACCAGGGUCAAAGACCACCGCGGUAUCUGCUGCUGGAUCAGCAGGAAAGGGAAGGAGCACAUGGCGGUUGUUAUGGCGAGGCGGGGUGGAGAUUGGACCUGAGGGAUUCCGACUUGAAGGGAUAACCUUUUUCGCCCUCCUCACCUUCCCCUCUACCCCCACUCACCCCAUCCCCAACCCCUUCGACGUCCCCAUAUCCACCCCCUCCCACCUUCCCGACCCGAGCUCCGCGCACUCCCCCUUCUCCCUCCCAUCGGCAGACACCGACAUUUGCCUCUCCCUCGAAUCCAUGCGCGGUCGCAAAUACCUUCACAUCCGGGGCGUGACCGACUUGGCCGACUCGGACAUCCUCGAAGGAAGCGACGACCCCUCUGGCUCUGGAGGCGUUCAGAUGUCCAUCGCGCCAACAUCACAUCUCCUCGUCGCUUACUUUACGGGUCUCCUUUGCCGGGAAGCCCAGUUAUCACUGACGGGACGGACAAGGAAGGCCGUAUUGAUCGGUCUGGGGGACGAUGAUUCCCCUCAAAACACGCUCUUAGUGUACGGCCAGCUCCAGACGGGAUCUACUGCACUCCGCCUGCUUGUUUCCCGUCGAAGGCCGCCCGCGCCCCCGCCGUCGGAGAUCAAGAUCAAGCCGGGGGAACCACUACCUCGUGCUCCGCUCUUCUUUCCUGCGAAAGCGAGGAAACCACUCCCUUUCCCGAACCGGUCGACACUGGCGAAAUCUCGGUCAUUCUCACGGACGAGUAGCGUCUCGUCCAUCUAUGCUCCGCCUGUUUCGGUCACGGUGCAACCUAUAGCGUCGACGUCUGGCGCUGGGCAGGCGAACGCGCCAGUCAGUGGCCGGACGCCAGGGAGGAGAGGGGAGAAACGGCCAAGAGCAGGCACAGGGGCGGGGGCGGAGGAGAAUGAGCGGAAGAGAAAGUCGGGCAAGGUGGUGAUGAUCAAGGAAGAGCCGGAUCUUCCUGUGUCUCGGGAGAUGUCUCGUGUGCCGUCAGUGCAGGCGGAGAGCUCCAAGAUGGGCGCAGCGGCGGACAGGGAUGAGGAUAUCUUCGGAACCAAGCCAAAAGUGGAGGGGGCACUGGAUGUGCAGGAAGCCUCGGCGAGUUCGAAGAAGCGCGCGAGGGUACCGCAACAGGUCUUGGACAACAAAGCUCUCAUCCGUAAACAAGCUUUGGUGGUCAUGGAGUCUCGAGGCUAUCCGCGGGAUCACGAGCUCUUCAAAGAUAUCUUUGGAAUGACGAUCAAAGGCGUUUAUUUUGUCUUCCGCGAUAAUCUACUGGAUGGCCCGCUCGACAAGACCUCUGUCCAAUCUUUCGUCUCACGCCAUCUCGACAUGUACCUCCCCUCGUCAUCUACAAUUUUGGGUCAAACUCGCACGUCAAUAGGCAGCUCAGUCAGCGGCGACGGCGAGGACACCGCUGUCGAUGACGAGUCUCAAGUGGCCGUCAAGGAGGAAGAGAAGGAGGAGCUAGAGGACGAGGGGAUCAAUUGGGGCGGAGGAGUGGAUGUGGGGGAUAUCUUGCCUGUGGUGCUUGUGGAGGCGCAGGGAACGGGGGCAGGGACGAGGAUAGGGGAUGCAGGCAGCGUGGGGAGCCAUAGGAUGGGUUUUGCAAGAGGUAGCUUUUCGAGGUCGAGAAGUAUGGACGUUGUCCAGGAGGAGGAUGAAGGGUAG